AUGCGGCUGGUUUCCGCUUGGGCAGUGCUGGCAGCCGUCCUCCCCUCAGUUGUCGAGUCCUCUCGAUUGACUCCCCCUGUUCUACCUCUGGUUGUGCGAAACCCUUACCUGAGCACAUGGCUACAGAACGCGAGAGAUCCGCCUUGGGAAAGGUGGCCAAUGUUCUGGACCGGACAGGAAAUCGGCUUCUCUGUUCUGGCCAGUGUCGCGGAGCCACGAACGGUGUUCCCGCUAUUAGGAAGACCGCACGACUCGUUGCGUCGCGAGGGUGACAACUACACCGUCUCUUAUCCCAUCUACCAUGGCGCCCAGUACGAUGCCUCGACCACCAACCUGUCCUACUCGAUUCCUCUUCCGUCCUCCUCCUCGGCCUCGAGCCAUAUAGAUAUAACUCUCUCGUUCCUAUCCCCAAUCACCCCUACUUCUACCGUCAGACAAUCCGUCCCGGCGAGUUAUUUGACUGUCUAUGUGUCCGGCAAUGUUGGACUGGACAUCUACAUCGACCUGAACGGCCAGUGGGUGAGUGGAGACCGAGGCAGCAAGAUCGUCUGGGGGAUUGACCAGAGGCCUCUGGAUGGCAUGGGUAAAGGGUUCAAGACAUGGCAUUUCCGGAGGGAGGUUGAACAACUAUUCACCGAGUACCAGGAUCGUGCUGAAUGGGGUACCCUGCACUUCUCUGCUCCUGCGGAUGCUCGACAUGAGGUCGGUACGUCUGCCCUCUUGAGGCAGCGCUUCUCGAGGACCGGAACCCUCCAGAACGCUAUCGACAAUAACUUUCGCUCCAUCAUGGACGAAGAGCCGGUCUUCGCAUUCUCAAAAUCCUUCCCAAUGAACCACAGCACAACGUCAGUCCGCCACGACAGUAUCACCUUCACAAUUGCUCACAUCCAAGAUCCAGUCGUGCAAUUUGCCGCUGCUCGAGGGUUGACCUUCAUGCGACCACUGUGGGAAUCCUAUUUCACCACCGUUGAUAAUCUUCUCACAUUCCACCAUCUGGAUUUCUAUUCGGCCAAAGAGCUAGCGUCCAACUACUCCGCCCAGCUAGCCAUUGAUGCUUACAAGUCCGGAGCGGAAGACUACGUGGAUAUUGUUGCUCUAUCUGCCCGACAGGUAUUGGGUGCGACGAGCUUCUCCGGUACUCCUGACAACCCGAUUUUGUUCUUGAAGGAAAUCUCGUCCAACGGGAAUUUCCAGACCAUCGACGUCAUCUUCCCUGCUUUCCCUUUCUUCUUGUACACCAAUCCCAGAUGGCUUGGCUACGUGCUUGAACCUUUAAUUGAGCACAUGUUGAGUGGGCAGUAUCCCAAUAAGUAUGCCAUGCACGACUUGGGGGCUCAUUUCCCCAAUGCAACCGGUCACCCUCUUGGGCGUGAUGAGUAUAUGCCGGUGGAGGAGUGUGGAAACAUUCUCAUCAUGGGAUUAGCAUUGGCGAAUUCCCUUAAAAAUGGCGGAAACACAUCAGUCUCAGCCACCUGGCAACCUAUGAAUGGCGUGCCCACACCAAAAUCGUCAAGCGAUAGUCUCGCGCCUCUGUCGGUCGGCACACAAGGUGGUCUUUCGUAUAUUGAUGAUGCUUAUGUUGGACAACCCGAAAGUUUGCGCAAAGCUAAGAAGUGGGUGAGUAAGAGCUAUCGGUUGUGGAAGCAGUGGACCGGCUAUCUGGUCGAAUUCUCCUUGGAGCCACACAACCAGUUGUCAACAGACGACUUUGCGGGCUGGCUGGCUCUCCAAACGAAUCUUGCAUUGAAGGGCAUUAUCGGUAUCAAAGCAAUGGCAGGCUUGUCGGAACUCGUCGAGAACCACGAAGACGUCAAAACCUACAAUAACAUUUCCAAAGUCUACAUUGCCAGAUGGGAAGAACUGGGAAUCUCGCGGGACAAGACGCACGCCAAACUCGCAUAUGACUGGUACGGCUCCUGGACAACGACAUACAAUCUCUACGCCGAUAGCCUGCUGUGCUUCCACCUCGGCUCUGGGAACUCGUCUGAGCACGAGGCCGAUAGUGUACCGAGCAGCAUCGGUGGUCGGUACGAAUAUCAGAAACCGCUCAAGAAGGGUAUAGCGGGCGACAAGGACGGCUUUGUCCCCAAACACGUCUACCAGCUUCAGAGCGACUGGUACUGGGCCGUGCGUCAGAAGUAUGGGCUGCCCCUUGACUCGAGGCACCUGUACACCAAGACAGAUUGGGAAUUCUUCGCCAUGAGCGUCGCCGCGCCCAAGGUGCGCGCGGGGAUCCUGCAGAGCGUGGCCAAGUGGGUGAACGAGACAGCCACGGAUCGUCCGCUGACUGAUCUCCACAUGACCGAGGGCCGCGGCGGGUUUCCCGGGCCAAAUUUCUUUGCGCGUCCUGUCGUAGGUGGACACUUUGCCUUUCUCACUCUCGGGCAAGCGUGUGACGGGAAGGCCAUGGAUGGGUUGAAGUUUCUGGACGACGGUGUCGUGACUGAGAGUCAACAAGGAAAGAAUAGGUUGGAUGUUGAGAGUAUUUUGGAUAAGGAGAGACUCGAGUUCCAGGCUGAGUGGGGAGGGUUGGAGUUGUAA